AUGCCCACUCGCUCGACCAUCCUCUUUGUCGGCGCACUCACCGCCGUCUCCCUCUUCCUCCUCACCGCCCAUCUCCACCCCGGAACAGAGUUCACCCUCCCCCUCUUCCCCCAGCCCGACGCUCAAGACGACUACUUUCAAGCCGCCUGGCCAGCGCUCACAGAGGCCGAAAAUCGACAUUUGACCCAGCAGCAAUGUCAGGAUACCUACCCCGACUUGUACCUCGAGGCGGAUAGGGCGCACGACUGGUACAAGGCGAAAGGCGGGAUUACGAGGUCGAUGGUGGAUCAGGCCGAGAAGGAGGGGAACGCGAGGCUCGUGAUCCAUCAGAAUCAACUCUUUGUCAAAGUAUACAAGGGCGGCAUCAACACGAGGACGCAGGCCGUUAUCGCCGGUGUGUAUGCUGCCAUUUUGACUUCUCCCGAGCCUCUACCGGACGUCGAGUUUGUUGUCCAGACCAGCGACGCCGGUGCUGGCAAAACCCCUAUCUUUGCCCUCUGUCGAACAGCGAGCCAGAAAGCUCUUUGGCUUAUGCCGGACUUUGGUUUCUUCUCAUGGCCCGAGCCCGGAGUCGGCUCCUACUCUGAAGUACGCGCCAAAACCCUCGCUUUCGAACAAUCAUUAGGGCUGGAGGUGGAUAGUGGGAUGGAGGUGAUCAAGGGGGAUUGGGAGAAUAAAACGGACAAGUUGUUUUGGAGGGGGAGUCCGAUGGUUGAAGUUAGGCAUGUGAGUUGUUUCGUUUGGGUGGCGGGUUUGCGUUCGAAUGUGUGGGGGAUGGCGUAUGGGGGGCUGGGGUUGUACUCGUGGGUAUACGCGAGGCGCUUUGUAUGA